AUGGCGGAAAGCGUAGAGAAAGUAGAAAGUAAUUCUGAUGCUCGUAGGCGCAUAUUAAAUAUAGCAGUUUCAACAGUACUUUUAGAAACAGGCUUUGAGGCUGCGGAUAAAAUGUCUUUGGAAACUUUAACAGAAAUCUUACAGUGUUUUUUAACAGAAGUUGGUAACGCAGCAAGAGGGUAUUGUGAACUAUCUGGGAGGGUUGAACCAGUUCUUAGUGAUAUUGUAAUGGCUUUAAUCAAUAUGGGUAUAAAUUUUCACAACAUAGAACAAUAUGCAGCCCGGCCAAAUAGACAUGUAAUACAGCCUCCACAACAGGCGCCAUCACCUAGGACACCAGCUAUGUUGUCAGCAGGAUCAAAAGCAAAACUAGCACCUCAUAUACCAUUUCAUUUGCCACCUCUUCCUGAUCCUCAUGCAUAUAUAAGAACUCCAACCCAUAAGCAACCAGUUACUGAAUAUGAGGCUAUUAGGGAAAAAGCUGCAACACAAAAAAGAGACAUUGAACGAGCAUUGACAAAGUUUUUGGCAAAAACCAGUGAAACACACAACCUGUUUAACACUGAGGAUAAUCAAGUUUUUCCAUUAAUUGCAUGUAAACCAACAUUUCCUGCAUAUUUACCAUGUUUGUUACCAACUGAUCAGGUAUUUGAUUUUGAUGAACUGGAGUACCACUUUCAAGUUGCUAACAGAACUGAAGACAUGCCAACAGAUAAGAAAGAUCAGUCUGAUAAUGAAGGAGAAAAUGGAGGUGACAAUGAUAAUGCAAAUAAUUCUCAGUCUGAAAACCAGGAUAUUCCUACAGCAUUGAGCCCAGAAAGAAGUAAAGCUGGAGGA